AUUUUGCAUAUUAUAUACCACAUAACUUCGUUCUGAUCUAUGGAUGAUGUCAAAUGUUUUGCUUGCGGUAAACACGGUCAUAUUAAGAAAGAAUGCCCCGAAAUAAGAGCGAGGAAGCUUGCCAAUGUAGUUUGUUAUAAAUGUAAACAAACAGGACACUUAGCAAAGCAAUGCAAUGUUGACAAAUCUUCCUCCGGCAUUUCUGUCGGUCGUUCAUGGUUAUCAUCGUCGACGAGGACGUUUGCACGACAAGCGCAGCUGGAAAAUGGAUUUAAGUUUCAUUUCGAUUCGACCGCGGCAGAGCAACGUGUAUCCAAAGUUCAGUACAUCGAUUCCCAUUGUCAUUUGAACUUCUUAUUCGACAAGAAGAAGCAUUACCACGGUUUUGACAGCUUCAAGAGAAAAUUUCAAUUUCCAGAAAACUUUGCAGGCUGUGUGACCAUAUUCUGUGAUCCUGCCUCAUUUUCCAGCUUUGGUAUGAGUGAUGAACUUUUGUGUCACAAACAGGUAUGGGCUGCCUUUGGUUUCCAUCCUCACAAUGCCAAAUACUACAAUGACACUUUGGAGUACAAAUUGUGCGAGAGGUUGCAACAUCCCAAGGUUGUGGCCCUUGGUGAAAUAGGUCUUGAUUACUCUGCUCGACUUCAGUCUGAAAUUGAUAUUCAGAAGGAGGUUUUUCGUAAACAAGUUAAGCUUGCUGAACUUUGGAAGAAACCAUUGGUCAUCCACUGCCGAGAAUCAGAGGAAGAUGUGUUUGAAAUCCUAUCGACGAAUAUUCCAAAGCAUUGGAAGAUUCAUCUUCACUGUUACACUGGCAGUUAUGAAAUUGCUACGAAAUUUUUAAGUCAUUUUCCGAAUCUCUUCUUGGGCAUUACUGGCAUAGUUACCUAUCCCUCGGCAAAACAAGUUCAAGAAGUUGUUCGCAAGGCACCAAUUGAGCGUAUUCUCCUGGAGACAGAUGCACCAUAUCUGGUUCCAACAUCUCUGAGCAGUGAAACCAGACAUAGUCAUUCAGGAAUGAUCCCUUUAGUCGCACAAGAAAUUGCAAAGAUCAAAUGCAUCUCCUUGGACAAAGUUUUUGAGCAUGCUUUGGCAAAUACAAAGUAUGUCUAUGGUAUAUCUUAGUCUUGUAAAGAAAUUUGCCAUACUCUUAAUUAGCAUUUUAAAUUGCCAUAGGAUCUUGCCAUCAGAGUAAUAUAGAGGACCAGCUGUGCAAAAAUAAGCAUAUCAUUGCCUGAAUUUAAUUCAAGAAAGAGAAAAACGUACCACCAAAUAAAAAUAUGCUUUCUAGUUACACGCUGGUUUGACCUCUGCGUUAUUUUGUUGCACUGUUUCUAAUAUGAUUGUAUAGUAAUUUCAUGUAUAUCAACUGAUAAUGCAAGGUAUUAAAUUAUUCAAAAUUUUAUCUAAUUUUUAAGAAAACAUUGUAUAGUAAUAAUAAGGAAUGUAAUUAGCAUUUAUACUGAAUAAUUUUCUUAUACUAUUUACAGUAAAUUACAAUGAAUUAUAAAUUUCAAUUCAGA